GUGACGUGUGUUGGAAGUGAGGUUAGGCGCAACAGCGAGGGCGCGCUUUCUGCACGUGACCCUCGCGUGUUUUGUUUUCUUUUAACAAGUGCUUCUUACUCCAUUCCACGGCUCGUAUGAAGUGAAACGGUAACAAUGAUCAGACAUCUGCGCUGUACAUCGGUCACGGCCUUCCUGAUAAUCUGUGUGGUCGGAGUGUUCGUACAAGUGAACACAAGCGCGGCCCAAAACAGACACACACGGAUCGGCUACCAGCGCUACCGUCGACGUCACGUUUCAAAACCUCCUUGUUUGAAUGGAAUAAGGGAUGAUGAUGAUAAUUUCAGUAGUCUUGAAACAAAAAUUCGUGAAACGGAAUUUGUUUUCACUGGAAAAGUGACGGCUGAAAUUCCACCAAUCGGAAGACUGGAUCCAUGGAAAAGAAGUGCAGCAACAGAAGAUGGCGCUUCGAAGUUUUCGGUUCGAGUGAAAAGAGUUCUGAAAGGGGAACUUCAAUUUCGUGACGGCAGUGUCAAUGAUUGGAUAAAUGCAAACCAAAUGACUGUUAAGAUACGCACGGUGGACGAACCAAAGACUCUGAAGGAUUGUUACAAGCGACCAAUCGGAGUGCACCACACCGCCAUAUUUUUGGCGAAGAGAGUCGAUGACGCCACGAUGCAGUUGACCUCUGAUCCGUUGCCCCUGACACUCCGGAACCUGGACAAGGUCAAUGCUGCAGUUAAAGGUAAGAUGUCUGCCUGUCACACGCGUAGGCUGCUUGGCAUGCGUCGGUAAGUUCAC